AGCUGCUCAGAAAAGGUGUGUUCGGCAUGACGUCACGCCUGUACCUGAGUUUCGGUGAGGAGAGAGGAAGGGCCAGGACGCGGCGAACAAUACUCCGAAAUAAAUUGUUGUUAUUCUCACCCACCUUCGUCCAAGUGAUUAGCGGUGAACUUUUCCUUAGAGCGAAUCUGUAGGCGUUUGGGCAUUUACAGAGGAAACCCGUCUUUAUCUCCAGCUGCUGGCUAGCAGGCAGGCGAGGGCAGACCUCUCCGACUUCCUGGUUCGCCACAGUCAGGAUGUCGGUCACCCCUCGACGUGUCCGUCUGAAGCCCUGGCUGGUCGCUCAGGUGGACAGCGGGCGGUACCCGGGUCUGGUGUGGAUUGACCGUGAGGCCAUGCGCUUCACGAUCCCAUGGAAACACGCUACACGACACACACCCCAGCACGAGGACGAGGACACCAUAUUUAAGGCGUGGGCUGUGGAGACCGGGAAGUUCCAAGAGGGAGUUGAUGAACCUGAUCCUGCAAAGUGGAAAGCUCAGCUUAGAUGUGCCCUGAACAAAAGUCGAGAAUUUAACCUGGUCUAUGAUGGCACCAAAGAGGUCCCCAUGAAUCCUUUGAAGAUAUAUGAUGUCUGUGAAAUCCCACAGCCCCUCAGCAACCAAGGCUCCUCAGACGCUGGUUCAUGGACUCCGCAUGAGGAAGAUGGUGGUGAGGAAGAUAUUCCAGAUACACCAGAGUCUCUCCCUCCAUACCCAUCCAAUGGCACCAGUCCCUCCCCUCAAAUUAUGUGGUCUCCCAUGACCCCAGAGUCCUCCAUGCAGCCUUCUAGUUGUCCCCCUUCUAAUGGGGUCUGGCCCAAAGAGGAGCGUGUUAAAAUCUGGCCUAAAGAGGAGCCUGUGGAUGUGGAGAUGCACCCCACACCUCCUGCUCCUCUGCCUGAUCACUCAAUGCAGCCCCCUCCUCUACCUGACGCCAUGUUUGCCUCUCCAGAAAUGUGGAUCAGUUCCCUCCCGAUGACGGACCUGGAGGUACAGUUCCUGUACAGAGGGAAGGAGAUGUGUCCCACCGCGAACGUCAGUAACCCGCAGGGCUGCAGGCUGUUCUACGGAGACCUCGGCCCCAUGGUCAACCAAGAGGAGCUGUUUGGGCCGGUGAACCUGGAACAGCUGCGCUUUCCCACCACAGAGCACAUUACCAACGACAAGCAAAGGAUUUUCACUAACCGCCUGCUGGACGUGAUGGACAGAGGCCUAAUCCUGGAGGUCAGUGGUCACGAUAUCUAUGCAGUGCGUCUCUGCCAGUGCAAGGUGUACUGGUCGGGUCCUUGUGCUCCAAAUCCAACUGCUCCAAAUCUUAUAGAGCGCCAGAGGAAGGUCAAACUCUUUUGCUUGGAGUCUUUUCUCAGUGGAGUGAUAACCCACCAGCGCAACCAGACAUCAACCCCUCCUCACUUUGAAAUCAACCUGUGUUUUGGAGAGGAGUGGCCUGAUGGGAGGCCCAAAGAGAGGAAACUUAUCAUGGUUCAGAUUGUUCCAGUGGUGGCCCGUAUGAUAAGCGAGAUGUUUUCUGGAGACAACACGCGAUCCUUCGACAGCGGCAGUGUUCGCCUGCAGAUCUCAAUCCCAGAUAUUAAAGACAACAUAGUGACCCACCUAAAGCAGCUGUACUGCCUGCUACAGACCCACCAGGGCCAGGACGGCUGGGCGUUACCUCCCAGCUCAGGCCUGAACAUCGUCCAGGCUCUGCAGGCACAGUGAAGCAGCCCGCACUGUGAACUGAACAUAUAUCACUUUAUGUUUUUACACUGCUAUUGAGUUACCUGCUGUUAGCAAAGAAGUACUUAUGUGUAAUCGUAUUUAGAAGUGUGCACACCAUACUGUAGGAUUCCUAUUCUCUUCUCUAGCAAUGUGCCGUGACAAUGCGGGUUCUGUA